AUGGUGAUUUCUUCCAGAAAUUUCCUCACCCGCUCCUCCUUCCCUGCGCCCCGCCACCCCUCGUCCGCCCGCCGCCAGCCAUGGAGGCCCUGCCGGCCCCCGCUCCAAGCGCCCCCGUCCCCGCCCCGCCGCCUAGUCCCGCGCCCCGGCCACGGCUCGAGCGGCCCCGCGCAGCCCGCCUCCCACCCCGGCCCGGAGUGCCGCCGUGGUGGUCGGUAUGGUGUCCUCCACGCACGUCAGCGUGAAGAGGAGGCGGGCGCACGUUAUCACAGGCCCCACCGCCAUCUCCCCCCGCCUCGAGCGACCCCGCCCCCGCCACAAGCGCCCCGUCCCCGCCCCCGCCUCGGCCCCGAGCGUCCCCGCCCCGAAGAGGAACAAGCCAGCCAGCUUGGGCGAAAGAAGGCCCAGCCGAAGAAGCCGGCCAGCCGCAAGAAGGCCGCGCCUCCGCCUGUGUCCGUCCCUCCGCCGCCAAGCGCCAAUGAGGUGCUCGACGAAACGUCGGCCCCAACUGCUUCUUACAUGGGACUGCUCAACGAUGCCGAGGUGAACAUUGGGGCUCCUCCCCUCGAUUCGUUUCACUUUGAAGGUGAGGAGGAAGAGGAAGAGGAGGAGGAGGAAUAG